AUGGAUGAUGCUAUGCGUCGUAGCAUCUUUGGCUCAUCUGACGAAUCAGAGGAACCAUCGCCGAAGCGAAGGCGCUCGAGGUCGCAAAACUCGGGCGCUCACAGUGGUUCCGGUUCUCCUAUUGACACCACUUCGCAGCGAGGUACCAGUACUUCUGUCAGCACGUCGCAAGAAGAGCGGGACCGCAGUGUGUUGCGUCUCGCUCUCGAAAAGAAAGGCAUGGAUGCCUCCAAAAUCAGUCAUGGAUCACUUGUCGGCGACGACGAGUGA